AUCAAUAACAAAAGCGAAAAUUUUAUUACACAUACAAAUUGCUCAAAAUUUAAAAAAACACACACACACAAAAGAAAAUAUCAAUAAAAAAGAAUUCCUGUUUUAAAAUUAAAUUAUAUUAAUAACCAGAAAGCAGUAAAAUAACGGAUAUUUUUUACUUAAAAUUGUAUUUUUAACUUUGAGAAAAAAGUUUAAAAGAAAAACCAUAAAAAUUAUCGAGAAAAAAAUUUUGAAAAUUUUUGUUACAAAACGCCUGUUUUAAACAUAAUAUAUGGUAAUGGCAGAGAUUGGUGGCCAUUUGGCUCACCAGCUUCCCUUGCACAAUCACAAUCAAACUGGAUUACAACCGUCGCUGGUGAUGAAUCAUCACCUGGAUUUAGAUUGUCACGGACAUGAUGUUAUAAAAAAACAACGUCUAUCAUUAUGUGUGGGUUGUGGUGGGCAAAUUCAUGAUCAGUAUAUCCUGCGUGUAGCACCCGAUUUAGAAUGGCAUGCAGCCUGUCUUAAAUGCCAAGAAUGUCGGCAAUUUUUAGAUGAAAGUUGUACGUGUUUUGUACGCGAUGGCAAGACAUACUGCAAACGCGACUAUGUUAGAUUAUUUGGUACUAAAUGUGAUAAAUGCGGUAAUUCCUUUAGUAAAAAUGAUUUUGUGAUGCGCGCUAAAACGAAAAUAUUCCAUAUAGAAUGUUUUCGCUGUUCAGCAUGUGCGAGACAAUUACUGCCAGGUGAUGAAUUUGCGUUACGGGAUGGUGGCAUUUUAUAUUGUAAAGAAGAUCAUGAUGUUUUAGAAAAAUCCUCCCAAAGUAGUUUAACUUCAUCGUCUCUAGAGAGCAACAAUAAUAAUAGCUGUAGUAAUAAUAACAAUCAUUCAAGUCUUAGUAAUAAUAAUCAUUCCAGCGAAUUGGGUUCAAUGUCAGAUUCUGGCAGCGAAUCGGGCUCACAUAAAAGUAUUAGGGAAAAAAGACCAUCGGGACCAUCGGAUGGUAAACCAACCAGAGUAAGAACGGUGCUCAACGAAAAGCAAUUACAUACAUUAAGAACCUGCUAUAAUGCUAAUCCGCGACCUGAUGCGCUCAUGAAAGAGCAACUGGUAGAAAUGACCGGUCUUUCACCACGCGUCAUACGUGUGUGGUUUCAAAAUAAACGCUGUAAAGAUAAAAAGAAAACCAUACAAAUGAAAUUGCAAAUGCAACAGGAAAAGGAGGGUCGCAAACUGGGCUAUGGUGCUAUGCAGGGUAUUCCUAUGAUAGCCAGUUCUCCGGUUCGGCAUGAUUCACCUUUGAACCUGCAGGGCAUCGAUGUGCAAACAUAUCAACCGCCAUGGAAAGCUUUGUCUGACUUUGCCCUCCAUGCUGAUCUCGAUAGCAAUGGUGCCAUUAACACUCAUACACCAGCAUUUCAACAACUAGUCAAUCAGAUGCAUGGUUAUGAUUUGAAUGGUAUGCCUCCCUUGCAGCCCCAUCAACAGGGACCACACCCGCCGCCACCAGGUCAACAAAUGAAUGGACCACCCGGUGGUAGUAUGGACUCAGGAAUUACCUCACAUCAUCAUCCGGACAGUACCGAUUCCUAUGUGACCUAUCUGGAGAGUGAAGAUAAAACCAAACUAAUGUUGACACUAUCAUCAUCAUCAACAUCAUCCACAUCCUCGUCCACCUCCAAUUGUGCGUCAUCAGCAGCAGCAUUCUCGGCCUCAACGUCUGCCGCCACAUCCAUAUCAUCACCGCCUACUACAACAUCUAUUGGGUUUGCCGCUCUAAACAACAAUGGCAUUAAUAGACCAAGUGACAUUUCCGGCAACUCAACUUCGAUACAAAUGCCUUCGGCCACGGAGCAAUUGAUACAGAUGCUACAUAAGGUAACUGGCGGUACAACAACACCUCCACCACCAGCACAUCCAUCACAACAACAGCAGCAUCCAUUGAGCAACUUUACACAUCCAACCGGAGUGCUAUUAAAUCGUUGAAUGUAUCAAUGACGUUCAAAAUCAGGGCCUGUGCAAUACAACCCACAACUUAUAAUAGAAAUACAGAAUUUAUUCUGCACAUCAUCCUCUUCUCACACACUCUGCUUCUUUUCGACGUGAGAUUGAAAACGUUGUUUAUUUUCAAUUUCAAUUUGAAAUCUAACCUCAAAAAUUGUACCAAAAAUUUAAUAUUUGAAAUAUUAGAGGAAAUUAAGAAAGUUGAUUAGUUAAAAACAAGGAAAAGUUAUAACAAACAAAUAAAGAAACAAAAAAAAAUAAUUAGGGACAUUUAAAUUUAGACUUAAAUAUUGUUGUUUUAACAUUUUGUUUUUGUAAAUUUGUAAUAGUUUUUGUUUAA